UUCACAGUGUUUCAUUAUUAUUGCUUUCUCUUCUAACUAUUCCAUUACCUCUCAUCAAUUCCUUCCAUGGAAUUCGCAACUUCAUCAUCCAAACUCCCACGCAAGUACGAUGUGCUCAUCAGCUUCAAUGGAGACGACAUCCGCAGGAAAUUUGUUUCUCAUCUCGAUUCUGCUCUCUCUGCUGUUGGACUCACCACUCUCCUUCAUUACGAAAAUGCAGUGAAGUCAACGCAUAUCCAACAACCUAUUCUCAAUCUGUGUCGAGUAGUAAUAGUUGUUUUCACCAAAACAUAUUCUCAAUCUGCUUGGUGUCUUCAUCAGCUUCAACAAAUCAUUCAAUGGCACCAAACUUAUUGCCGACAUGUUCUGCCUGUAUAUUAUGAAAUUCAGCCAUCUCAUGUACGUAUUCAGCAGGGUGAUUUUGGAAUGGCCUUCAAAACAACUGCACAACAAACAUUUUCAGAACACGAACUGGAGCAUGGCUUGUCCAGUUGGAGCCACGCACUCACCAAAGCUGCAAAUUUCUUUGGAUGGGAUGAGAGCAAUCACAGGAGUGAUGCUGAACUGGUGGACAAAAUAGUCAAGAGCGUUCUUAAUUUAUCAGCUUUGUCUGCUACCAAAUUCCCAGUUGGAUUACAAGACCCAGUGGAAUUACUACUUCAAGCUAUAAACAAUAAGUCCAUGGAUGUUUGUACAAUAGGGGUAUGUGGAAUGGGAGGAUCGGGUAAAACCACCCUUGCCAAAGCCAUCUACCAUCAAAUUCAUGGUACAUUCAUGCAGAAAAGUUUCAUUGAAGAUAUUGCACAAGUUAGUAAACCAAGAGGGCGUAUUCAUUUACAGCAACAACUUCUUUCAGAUGUCCUAAAAACAAAGGUAGAGAUACACAGCGUUGAGAUGGGGAGAAGUAUGAUUCGAGAAAGACUUUUUCGGAAGAGGGUGCUCAUUGUACUUGACGAUAUGGAUGACUAUCUUCCAUUAUUAGAUCUAAGGAACAGUCGUUCAUGGUUAAGUGAAGGAACUGUAAUAAUCAUCACAACAAGAGACAGACACUUACUGAGAAAACAUCAAGUUGAUUUUGUUUUUGAGAUGAAUCUAUUGAAUGAAAAUGAAUCCCUUGAGCUUCUUAGUUGGCACGCAUUUAGAGAAGCAAAACCAAAAGAAGAAUACCAUGACCUUGCAAAAGCAAUAGUUACCCACUGUGGAGGACUACCUCUGGCUCUUGAAGUCAUUGGAAGUACUUUAUUUGAAAGUACGGAAGAGGAAUGGCAAACUGUAUUGUUUGAAUUAGAGGAAAUUCCCAUGGAUGAUGUUCAACUAAAAUUGAAAAUAAGCUUGGACCGUUUACACAGUCAAAUGGAAAAGGAUUUAUUCCUUGAUGUAUGUUGUUACUUUGUUGGUAAGGACAGAGCAUAUGCUACGAAGAUCCUAAAUGGCUCUGGAGUAGACGCUGAUAAUGAAAUAAGAACUCAACAUGGCUAUAUAGUAGAUGCUGAUACUGGAAUAAGAGUUCUCAUGGAGCGUAACCUCAUUAAAGUUAAAAGCAAUAACAAAUUUGGAAUGCAUCCUUUGCUACAAGAAAUGGGAAUAGGAUUUUUUCGUGAAAUUUCCGGAGAGAAACGUUUGAAGAAUAGUCAACUGUUGUUUGAUGUGGACGUAGAAUAUGCACUGAAAGUAAAUUCGGUAAGAACAUUCUUUGUAUUUGGUUUGAAACUUCUUUUGAAAGUGUUUAAUUUCAUGCGCCCAAUACACUGUUUUUCUUUGGUCUUUAAAUCACAGGGGAGAAAAUCCUUUGAGGUAUUGCCUGUGAAAUUGCUUUCAACCAGAAGAGAAAUAUCAAGACAGACCAAAGAUGCUCUAAAUUCUGAGUACCUUCCUCCGAAAUUGAGAUGGAUAACUCUGCAUGGGUUUUCUUCACAAUACUUACCUAACGGCUUUAAUGUGCAAGAUGCAAUAGCUAUUGAUCUAAAACACAGUCUUCUUCGAUUCUUCUGGGAAGAACCCCAGGUUUUGAGAUCGCUAAAAGUCCUUAACCUUAGUCAUUCCAUGUACUUGACAGAAACACCUGACUUUUCGAGACUACCAAGUCUUGAACAGCUCAUUCUAAAAGAUUGUCCCAGAUUGCGCAUAGUACACUCAUCUAUUGGAGAUCUCUGUUAUCUUAUACUGCUUAAUUUGAAGGACUGUCAAUGUCUAAGCAAUCUACCCCGAGAGAUAUAUAAGUUGAAAUCUCUAAGAACUCUUAUUCUCUCUGGGUGUUCGAAGAUUUGCCGAAUGGAAAAAGAUAUACUGCGAAUGAAAUCCUUGAUAACUCUAAUCGCUGAAAAUACAGCUGCGAAACAAGUGCCUUUUUCAAUUGUAAGUUCAAAAGCCAUUGGAUAUAUAUCCCUACGAGGAUUUGAGAGAUUAUCAUGUAAUCUUUUUCCUUCAAUCAUUAUUCGGUCUUGGAUGUCGCAUAUAAUAAAUCCCAUAUCUUAUGUUCAUUCAUUGUGCAUGGAUAUAGAUAAUAGCUGGGAUGAUAUUGUGCCAUUGCUUGGUAGCUUGACAAAUCUUCGAAGUGUUUUGGUACAAUGUGACACUGAGUUUCAACUAUCUAAGCAAGUACAAAACAUUCUGGUCGAAUAUUUUUCAAAUAUUACAGAAUCAGGAAUUUCAAUGCAGCAGUUCAGGUGUUCUUUGAUUGGUGUUGGAGCAUACCAUGAAUUCUUCAAUGUUGUUAGUGAUAACAUAUCUGAGGUAUUGGCAGGCGGUGAGUGUUGUGAUGCCUCUCUUCAGUGUGACAACCAUUCUUAUUGGUUAGCCUAUAUCGGUGAAGGAGAUUCUGUUUCUUUCACUAUGCCACCACAUCAUGACGUGAAGGGAAUGAUUUUGUGUGUUAUUUAUUUAUCAAUCCCUGAAAUUGUGGCAACCGAAGGUCUUAGAAGUGUCUUAAUUGUUAAUUACACAAAGUGCACAUUGCAUGUACACAUGCAUGGCACAAUAAUUUGCUUUAAUGAUAUAGAUUGGGAAGGUAUAAAAUCAAACCUUCGAUCUGGAGACAAGGUGGAGAUUUUUGUGACGUUUGGUCAUGGAUUGGUGGUAAAGAACACAAGACUCUAUCUUAUAUGUGGUGAAUCAAAUUACUUGGAAACAAAACCUAGGCUAAAGAAAAAUUUGGUCAUUAGAUUCAUAAAGAAAGUUGUAGAAUGACUUCUGAUAAGCCUUUUAUCUUCUUUGAGAACUGCAGGAUCCCUUUAGUUAUGGAAUUAAUCUGUGUCCUUCAUUGAAA